CCACGACACACCUUUGUCAGGACUUGUUUGGAACCAAAGAACAGAAAGAAACAAGGGGGAGAGAAGGAGAAGUGAACAUUUUUGAAAGAUCACUCAGCUCUAACACACCUUGGCGGGGUCUGGAUAAAGAAAAGUGGGACCUGCAAACAUCUAGAAGGAAACAUCAGGGGAAGAAAGAGACAGGGGAUUUAUUCAAAGUUGUUUCCAAUUCCUUCAAAAUCUCAAACUAGGUGGUGAUGGUAUGGAUGUAACCAAGAAAAACAAACGAGAUGGCUCUGAAGUCACUGAAAGAAUUAUCACGGAAACAGUAACUACAAGACUAACAACCUUACCGCCAAAAGGGGGGACCAGCAAUGGCUAUGCUAAAACGGGCUCUCUUGGUGGAGGGAGUCGGCUAGAGAAACAGAGCAUGAUGCAUGGCAGCAGUGGCUACAUAAACUCAGGUGGAAGCACCCGAGGCAGUGCCUCGACCUCCAGUUACAGGAGGGCUCAUUCACCUGCCUCCACUCUGCCCAACUCACCAGGCUCCACCUUUGAGAGGAAAACUCACAUCACCCGCCAUGGAGCAUACGAAGGGAGCUCCAGUGGGAACUCUUCUCCGGAGUAUCCUCGGAAGGAAUUUGCAUCCUCUUCAACCAGAGGAAGGAGCCAAACACGAGAAAGUGAAAUCCGAGUCCGACUGCAGAGUGCAUCCCCGUCUACACGAUGGACAGAAUUAGAUGAUGUUAAGCGUUUGCUCAAGGGGAGCCGAUCAGCAAGUGUGAGCCCCACCCGGAAUUGCUCCAACACACUCCCCAUCCCCAAGAAAGGCACCGUGGAGACCAAAAUGGUGACAGCAAGCUCCCAGUCAGUGUCAGGCACCUACGACGCCACCAUCCUGGAUGCCAACCUUCCCUCCCACGUGUGGUCCUCCACCUUGCCAGCGGGGUCCUCCAUGGGUGCCUGUCACAACAACGUGACGACCCAGAGCUCGUCCCUCCUCAACACCAAUGCCUAUUCUGCAGGAUCAGUCUUUGGGGUUCCAAAUAACAUGGCGUCCUGCUCCUCUACUCUGCAACCCGGACUCAGCACCUGCUCCUCAGUGUUUGGCUUGCAGAACAAUCUGGCCCCCAGCUCAUCUGCUCUGUCCCACGGUACUGCCACCGCCUCCACAGCAUAUGGUGUGAAGAAAAACAUGCCCCAGAGCCCUACCGUUGUGAGCACCGGCGUGUCCACCUCUCAGGCCUGUACCACAAGCGUCCAGAAUGAUGACCUCUUGCACAAGGACUGUAAAUUCCUGAUCCUGGAGAAAGACAGUGCCCCUGCCAAGAAGGAGAUGGAGCUGCUGAUCAUGACCAAGGACAGUGGGAAGGUCUUUACUGCCUCCCCCGCCAGCAUCGCUGCAACUUCUUUUUCAGAGGACGCUCUAAGGAAAGAAAAGCAAGCUGCCUCCACUGCUGACACCUGCCUAGUAGCAGAAGCUAAUGGAGACGUGAAGACUGUGCUCAAGGGCAAGGCUGCCUCCGCAGACAUCCAUGGCUAUGACCGGCACGGAGGCGGGGGCGGGGGCACGUGGGGGGCGGUGCCAGCCUGGUGCCCCUGCGGCAACUGCUGCAGCUGGUGGAAAUGGAUGCUAGGCCUGCUGCUCACCUGGCUGCUGCUCCUGGGGCUGCUCUUCGGCCUCAUUGCUCUGGCGGAGGAGGUGAGGAAGCUGAAAGCACGUGUGGAUGAGCUGGAGAGACUCAGGAGUGGUGCAGGAUUCCACAAGGAGGCCAUGGAGAGGAGCAGCAAGGACCAGCUGCUGUACAUGGACAGAUCCGGUCUCGACAGCAGCGGUCAGGAGGCGCUCUGGCUUUUUGUGAGAAACAAGCUGAUGACAGAACAAGAAAACGGGAAUCUCCGAGGAAGCCCUGGCCCUAAAGGUGACAUGGGAAGUCAAGGCCCUAAAGGAGAUCGAGGGUUCCCUGGGACUCCAGGUAUUCCUGGGCCCUUGGGCCACCCAGGUCAGGAAGGACCAAAGGGACAAAAAGGCAGUGUGGGAGAGCCCGGCAUGGAGGGACCCAUGGGCCAGAGAGGGCGAGAAGGCCCCAUGGGACCUCGUGGAGAACCAGGGCCUCCUGGGUUUGGAGAGAAAGGCGACAGAGGGGCUGCUGGUGAACCAGGUACUCAGGGCCCACCUGGUGUCCCAGGUUCUGUGGGUGCCAAAGGUUCCAGCGGCUCUCCUGGCCCACAGGGUCCCCCAGGUGCCAUUGGUCUCCAAGGACUCCGAGGGGAAGUAGGACUCCCUGGUGUCAAAGGUGACAAAGGACCUAUGGGGCCACCAGGGCCCAAAGGUGACCUGGGCGAGAAAGGAUCCCGAGGCCUCAUAGGCCAGUCUGGCGCUAGAGGUUUGCCCGGUGCUGUGGGCGAGCCUGGAGCUAAAGGAGCCACGGGACCCGCGGGCCCCGACGGACGCCAAGGCCCAAGAGGUGAACAAGGUCCUCCAGGAAUGCCUGGAACCCGGGGCCUACAAGGACCUUCUGGAGAUCCCGGGAAGCCAGGUCUCACAGGACUCCAAGGCCCACCAGGACUUCCUGGUACUCCUGGCCGACCAGGGACUAAAGGUGAACCAGGAACUCCAGGCAGCAUCGUGACUUCAGAGGGAUCAUCAGCUAUCACUGCCCCAGGACCCCCAGGACCUCCUGGAGCCAUGGGACCCCCAGGCCCCCCAGGCGCCCCAGGCCCUGUAGGACCAGCUGGCCUCCCAGGACAGCAAGGCCCCAGAGGGGAGAAAGGACUUGCUGGCGAGUCGUUCACUGACGGCACCUCUUUCAGUGCGGUCCUCUCAGCCCAGGGUCUUGAUUUACGAGGUCCCCCAGGCCCACCAGGACCCCAAGGCCCACCAGGAGAAAGCUUGCCAGGCCCACCAGGCCCACCAGGUCCACCAGGAUCUUUGUGGACUGACUCAGAGACAUUCUUCUCUGGCCCCCCAGGCCCACCUGGGCCCCCAGGCCCCAAGGGAGACCAAGGCCCCCCUGGCCCCCGAGGACACCAAGGCGAGCAAGGCCUUCCAGGGUUCUCAGCCGCAGGUUCCAGUUCUCUCGGUCUCAACCUGCAGGGACCACCAGGCCCACCCGGCCCUCAGGGACCCAAGGGUGACAAAGGUGAUCCUGGAGUUCAAGGGGCCCCUGGCAUUUCUGGUGGUUCCUCUCAAGGGGGCUCAUCAUCCACAGCCAUGCUCAUGCCAGGCCCACCAGGCCCGCCAGGGCCCCCUGGGCCGCCAGGCUCCAUCAGCAACACUGGCUUGGAGAUUCAACAAUACAUCUCUGAGUACAUGCAGAGUGACAGUAUUAGGUCUUACCUGUCUGGAGUUCAGGGUCCCCCAGGUCCACCUGGUCCCCCAGGGCCUGUCACCACAAUCGCGGGUGAGAUUUUCGACUACUCAGAGCUGGCAAGACUCGUCGUGAGCUACUUGCAGACUUCGGGGUACAGCCUCAGCUCCUACUCCACCUCCAUCUCUUCUGAAGACAUCCUGGCUGCACUGCAGCGGGAUGACGUGCGUCAGUAUCUACAUCAGUACCUGGUGGGCCCUCAGGGUUCCCCAGGGCCACUAGGAGCUGGUGGGGAUUGGUUCCUCCAGUCUUUGGACUACACAGAGCUGAGCAGACGCAUUCUCAGCUACAUGUCGAGUUCUGGAAUCAGCAUUGGGCUUCCUGGACCCCCAGGGCCCCCUGGCUUGCCGGGAACAUCCUAUGAGGAGCUUCUCUCCUUACUCCAAGGAUCUGAAUUCAGAGGCAUCGUUGGGCCCCCAGGUCCCCCUGGGCCCCCAGGGAUCCCAGGCAAUGCAUGGUCCAGCAUCAGCAUGGAGGACCUCUCAGCUUACUUGCACACUGCUGGCCUGUCAUCUAUCCCAGGGCCUCCAGGCCCUCCUGGUCCCCCAGGCCCUCGAGGGCCUCAGGGUGUCUCAGGAGCUCUGGUAACCUACGCUUCUGAAAACAGCGACAACUUCCGGAGCGAACUGAUCAGCUACCUCACAAGUCCUGAUGUGCGUAGCUUCAUCGUUGGCCCCCCAGGCCCUCCCGGGCCCCAGGGACCACCUGGAGACAGCCGCCUAGUGUCCACGGACGGCUCUUAUAGACGAGAUAGCAGCUCUUCGUCGCACAUCUCGUCAGUCAGUCGGGGCACCUCCUACAGCUCUUCUAUGGGCAUCGGAGGAGCCAGAGAAGGCUCCCUGGGCGAAGAGGGGGCCUUUGGCCAGGACAUGAGCCUGGGUCGAGGUUACGGGGCAGCAGAAGGUGACAUGUAUGGCAGUGAUGGUGGAUCGUUCAGGGGUGGCUUUGCCGGAGGUCUGGAUUACAACGAGUUGGCUGUUCGGGUGUCUGAGAGCUUGCAGCGUCAGGGCCUGCUGCAAGGGCUGGCCUACACUGUCCAGGGCCCACCAGGCCGGCCCGGGGCCCAGGGGCCCCCUGGCAUCAGCAAGGUCUUCUCUGCUUACAGCAAUGUGACCGAGGACCUCAUGGACUUUUUCCGAACUUAUGGAGCCAUACCAGGACCCCCUGGGCAGAAGGGAGAGGUGGGCAUCCCAGGACCCAAAGGAGACAGGGGCCCUGCUGGACCACCAGGUCGGCCUGGGCCACCUGGCCCUCAAGGGCACAAGGGAGAAAAAGGAGACAAAGGUGACCAAGUCUAUCCUGGGCGGAGAAGAAGAAGUGUGGCCACCAAGCCAUGAGCUCUCUUUGGUGGAAAAGACCCUACCAGCACUUGCAACUGCUUAAGGCACUUCUGUCAGAUUCUCUCCAGAGGGUGAAAGCUGGUCUCAAUGUCCUACUGAGCCAGCAGAGCCAAACAGUUAACUAGAGCACUUGUUUUAGUCUGGAACUAUACAUUAUAUAUUUCAAACAGAUACAGUCUGAGACAGCUUCAUCGGGCACACAUUUGGAGUAGCUGCAGUAUUGUAGAAUGAGACUGCUUCUGUGCUAUGAGCUCCUUGGCUGCUUUAACACUUAGUUCAAGCCCCAACCAGUCAUGUAAAAAGUUGGCUCAGGGGUCCUUGAGAUUUGCCUAAAUAUGAGCCCAGAAACUGGAAGACAGGUGCCUUCCUGGGGUAACCCUCAAUGGGGGUGUUCUGGUUCAUGCUGCAAGGCUGUAUUAUCAGCAACUUCCCGUCCUGUUCACUCUGCAUUUUCUAGUCAUAGAAAAGGAUUGGCUAAGAAGCAACUCUUGCAACUGAAAAAAUUAAGAAAUUCACUUCCUUUGAAGGCAGGACAGGGUUUCUAAUACUUACUUCUCACUACAUAUCACGUUCCCACUUGUUUAGAAAGUUUGUUUGAUUGUAGCUAUGAUGUUUCCAUAGGUCCAUGCUGAAGUUUAUAGAUUUGUUACACUGAACUAGACUGCAAAAAGUAGGAAAAGAGGGCAGUGGGCAAGGAAGAAAGGAGGAGAGGGAAAUGAGCAUACUGGAUGUGGCGGAAGAUGUCACCUCUGCUCUGCACUUAAGAAAUGGCAUGGGGGACUGGGUGCAGUGGGUUUUUAAGCACUUCUCAAUGUUUAAAAACAUUUAUGUGGUCUAUUCGAUGAAAAGUCAUUUCAAUUACAAAAUUUAUAAUUAAAGUUUUUUUCUUUUUUAA